GUGUAUUCACUACUGGCAAUUUCAACUCAAAAACAAAGAGUAAACUCAGCUGGUUCCUUUCUCCAAAUCUGUAAGCUGACUAUGUCAUGUUAUUUAUCUAUGACUGGACCUGCUAAGUUAAGCUUGGAAUUGGCGGUUUUCUUUACUUCCGGUAUUGCAGAUCGAGUGGAGGUUCAGGUUAGAUAAUAACUUUAUAUUAUAAAAAAAGCCGGCUUUUAAGGUUACUUAGUAGAAACACUAGUUCUAACAGGUAGUGUAGAAGACAUGGAUGAAGAUUGGGACGAUGAACCAACUUCUAUAAGGGCAUCUUCUUCAGUAAUGACUGGGGUGACAUCAGAUGGUGGAACUAUGUUCGGUGCCGGGCGGGGGUUUAAAACUUUAGAAUCAUGUACAAACGAUAGGGAUUGGGGCUCUGUUGGAGAUAACUUUGGCGAUUCAAAUGGAAGUGGAGGUAGAUGGGGAAGUGAUAAUCGAAUGGGGAGUCGCGGAAGUAGAGGAACUAGAGGUGGUCGUGGUGGAAGGGGAGGGGGUCAUGGUGGUCAACGAAAUAAUAAUGGGUUCAGUAAUGAUUUCCAUGAUGGGGGCAGUGGUGCUGGAGGUUGGGGUCAUAGUGGAGAUGAUGUUGCUGGGUUUGCUAAUGAUCGUGGCCGGGGCAGGGGUCGUGGUGGCGGUCGAGGGGGCCGAGGAGGUAGAGGACGAGGUGGUUUCGGAGGGGAUGAAGACCGAGGAGGGUGGGGUGAGCAGAAAAGUCAAUACGAUGAAGGCGACGAUGGGGGAGAGCCUCCCAAACCGCGUGAAAUUUAUGUUCCUGUCGAAAGAGUUGGGGAUGACGAUUUGUUUACCGCAACUAUUUCAUCUGGUGUGAAUUUUAUCAAGCUGGAUGAAAUCGAAGUGAAAGUCAGUGGUGAAAAUGUUCCGCGUCCUAUUAGAUCGUUUGAAGAGUCUGGACUAAGAUCUCAUUUACUUGAAAAUAUUAAAAAGUCAGGAUAUGGUAAACCGACCCCCAUUCAAAAGUACGCUAUACCGAUUAUACUUGCCGGUCGCGAUGUGAUGGGAUGUGCCCAGACUGGCUCCGGAAAGACGGCGGCCUUUCUGUUGCCGAUGAUCAACAAAAUUCUUGCGAGCCAGGAUCCUCCUGUUCGGGAUGGAGAUACUGCACAGCCUAAAGUAGUAAUUGUGAGUCCAACUAGGGAGCUAGCAAUUCAAAUACAUGAGCAAGCCAAGAAAUUUGCACAUAAUUCUAUUGUUAAAACUGUUGUCGCUUAUGGUGGUACAUCGGUCACACAUCAGAAGAAUCAAGUCUUGAAUGGGUGUCAUAUUUUGGUGGCGACGCCGGGUCGUUUAAACGAUUUUGUCAAUCGAGGUCAUAUUUCGUUUGCAUCGUUGGAGUUUUUCGUCCUUGAUGAAGCUGAUAGGAUGCUGGAUAUGGGUUUCUUGCCAACCGUAGAACAGAUGUUGGGACACGCGUCUAUGACUGCCACGGGCGAAAGGCAGACCCUGAUGUUUUCGGCUACAUUUCCCGAGGAAAUACAACAUUUGGCUGGCAAAUUUUUACACAACUACGCUUUCAUCGUGGUGGGAAUAGUGGGCAGCGCGUCGACCGAUGUUGAGCAGGUGUUCCAUCAAGUAAGCCGCUUCGACAAAAGGAACAAACUAAUAGAAAUGUUGAAACAUGGUAAAAUUAAUUCGUCUGUUAAUUAUUCAAGUGUGUAUCGAUUAUUUGAUAUUUUAGCGAAAGGAGAAAGAACUCUGGUAUUUGUCGAAACGAAAAGAAAUGCCGACUUUCUCGCCACACUUCUAAGCGAAAACGAUAUUCAAUCCACCAGCAUUCACGGCGAUCGCCUCCAACGCGAACGAGAACAAGCCCUUUGGGACUUUAAGAAGGGCAUACGCAGCAUUCUGCUGGCUACAGGCGUGGCUGCCCGCGGCCUUGACAUUGAGGGAGUUCAGCACGUAAUUAAUUACGAUUUGCCGAAAAGUAUCGACGAGUAUGUACACAGAAUUGGACGUACUGGGAGAGUCGGUAACCGGGGUAAGGCGACAAGUUUCUACGAUUCGUCGUCUGACGGAGCAUUGGCGGGCAGUCUUGCCAACAUUUUGAAACAGGCGGGACAGGAGGUACCUGAUUUCCUGAGUAGUGGCGGCUACGGAUACGGUGAUUCUAAUGACAAUUUCGGCGGUCGUGAUAUUCGUGGGGAUGACUUUGGCCGUGCUCAAAACAUGGCCACUCAACCCGCUGAAGUCGUUGAAGAGGAUUGGUAAUCAUCUCGAUCCCUUUUUCAUUUUUUUGUUUAGUUGUUCAUUGCUUUAUAUGCUGGCGCAAGACAUUUCUAUUUAUGUUGCUCGUUUUAUGAUCUGUUGUUUGUUUGGGAGUACUUGUAUUAAUUAUAUUAUGAAUACUUGUAUUAAUUAUCCUACCAACAAUUUACAACUUGAAUUUUCUUUUUCUUUUUUUAUUGAUGUUUGAGUUUUUCAUGUUUAUUUUGAUUUUCUAUAUAUUUAAUACUUAAUUACCAUAUAACCAAUCUGUGAUACUCACCGGCAAGCAGAGGGGAGCUAAUAGUUAAGUGUUAUAUGGUUUUCAUAAAAUAUGUUAAGGCAUUCCUGAUGAAAAACACAAUUAAAAGGUAGUUUAGGUUGUUUAUGAAAUUGAAUAAAUGUUGGUUUCUUAAACUGUG